ACAAUUGAAAGAGUUUUCGGCAACGCCCCGAUCGGACCGCCAGGUUUAACUUUUCUUCAGUCUUAGCUGAACGGCUCGCUGCAACGAACGUGUUUUUCUGCCUGCAGUGAAACGAAUAAAAAUAGAAUUUAGGAAUUAAGUGUUGAACGAAAUCGAGUGAAAAAAUGCGCUUCAAACUGUUUGUGGUUUGUGCGCUGGCCUGCGGCUUCAUGGCCUAUGUCCUGGCCAACGAGAACAUAUCCACCGAGGAGGACCUGGACGAUCAGGUUAUAAACGCAGUGCCCCAAAUCGUGGCGAAUCCAAAACCAUCCCAGCCCGUCAAGCCCAAAGCGGACACCGAAUUCGUUGAGGUGGUAAAGGAUGUGCCCAAAACGACAACGAAAACGAAACCUAGUACGAGCCCCACCCCAAAGCCCACUCCUAGUGGCCAGCGGAUGAUACCUGUGGUGCAUGUCACCAGCCGCGGCACGGACGAUGUCCUCACCGUAGCUGGAUUGAAACCACAGAAGACUUUCGGAGCUCUAAUCAUGCCAGACGACUACAUGGGCGAGCUGAUAGAUGUGAACACUGGUUACAAUUGGGAUCCCAACAAUAAUGUCGCCCCACCUGGAUAUCCUUCGACAGCUGCGGGAGGGUAUACUAUCACACCCGCUCGAUUGGCAGAGCUGCGGAGCAACUUCAUGUAUUGGUUCUUCGACAAGGACAUGUACGGAGGUCGUGGUGACUACCAGUAUGACAUCCACGCCUCGAUGACGCAGCUCCAUAAAAAUCUGAACUUCCAAAUGCCUUUCUACGGAUUCCGGUUCAACUACACAAGGCUCUCCCUUAAUGGCUACUUGGAGUUCUCGGAUCCCCCAGAGUACCUGACCUAUCCUCUCGUCUUCCCCAUUAAGGACUGGCCCACCAAGCGGGAUCCCUCGUUCAUGGGCAUCUUCUUCAGCAAGUGCCGUGUCGGCCGUAUCUAUCCUUCGGAUAUUGACCAGCGCACACCCGGUGUUUACUUCCGGGUGGAACGUGAUCUGAUGGGACGGACGGACCAGUUCGGUGUGGAGGUGCGGGAGCGCACCAUGUGGGACAUCCGGCAGGGAGUGGUGGGCGCUGAGACAUUUGUGCCCAAGCACGUGGUGAUCGCCACCUGGAAGAACGUGUCCUUUGCCGGUGGCAUUGACAACUCUCUUUUCAUGACAAACACUUUCCAAAUGGUCCUGGCCACUGAUGAAGUCUACACCUACAUCAUGUACAACUAUGCCGUGCUGAACUGGCUGUCUCAUACUGAGGCAGGAGGAGAUACCACCACAGGAGCCGGUGGUGUUCCUGCAUUCGUCGGUUUCAAUGCCGGCAACGGCACUCAGGCCUACGAGUACAAGCCCUACAGUCAGAACAUGGUAAUUCGAGAUUUGGCUAACAGGGGAUGGGCCAACGGAUUCCCCGGUCGUCAUAUAUUCCGAGUGGACGAGCAGAUUUUGAUUGGCUCUUGUAAUAAGGAUAUAGAUGCUGCUCUGUUGCCUUUGACCUUUGCUCCCGAAUCUGGCAACAUGUUGGGUGGUCAGGUGGUUAACAUCACCGGUCCCUGCUUCGAUCCAAAUGUCCGGGUGACCUGCCACUUCGACACGGAAUCUGUUCUGGGAACCUAUGUGGACACGAAUCGCGUUAUCUGCGUGCAGCCGUUCUUGAAGGCCGAGGGCUACAUCCGAUUCCAGAUCUCCGUCGGCACCCAGCGAUUCAAGUGGCGCGGAAAGUACUUUGUGGAGACUCCGGCCGCCGCCACCGAGAAGAUCUUCUUCACUACCGAUGAUGUGUACAAGAAGAACCCCAACGAGAUCAGGAUCACCUGGAUCCCGUACAAUUUGACCUCGAAUAGCAAUGCCAAUGUGAUGAUCUCGCUCUGGGGAUACCGGGAGACGAAGAUCGAGCCGCAGCUGGAGUACAUUGAUGUGAUCGAGGCUAGUUAUUCGAAUACGGGCAGUUAUGUCAUCACGCCCUCGAACUACUUGAAUCGGAAGAACGUCAACCGCGACAUGCAGUUCGGUUUCCUGCAAAUCAAUCUCACCCAGCCGGAUCAGUACUCCGGCCUUGCCAUCAGCCCAAUCCUUUGGUCCCGACCAGUUCCAUUAGCCUGGUAUAUGGCACCCCAGUGGAAGGAGCAGCACGGAAUACAGUGGCCGCGGGCUCUUUGCGAUAAUUGGCUUCGCUCCGACCGAUUCCUCAGGAACUUUGCCGCCGACCUGCCGCUCUGCCCCUGCACCCUGGACCAGGCAGUCCUGGACAAAGGACGCUACCGACCGGAUCGUGAGUGCGACAAGGACUCGAACCCCAGUUGCCUCAGGCAUCGGGGCGCUAUUCAUUGCGUGGUCAGUGGAACGCCAGUUGCCCAAGGAGCUGAACAGCAGUGCUGCUACGAUCGCUAUGGCUUCCUCAUGCUGACCUACGACCAGAUGUGGGGCUCCCGACCCCGUCGUGUUCACAACCUGGGCAAGAUGCCCUGGAACGAGGCCAGCAAAGUGCCCUCACUGUCCAUGUGGUUCCACGACAUGCGUCCCUUCUACUCCUGCUGUGCCUGGCAGGAGGAGCAGGCCGUUGGAUGCGAAACCUAUCGCUUCGAGCGCCGUCCUUCGCAGGAUUGUGUGGCAUAUCAGCCGCCUGGUAUUGCCGGCGUUUUCGGUGACCCUCACUUCAUAACCUUUGACGGCACGGCGUACACCUUCAACGGCCUGGGAGAGUUCGUGCUGGCCCGCAGCAUAGACGAGAGCAACCGCUUCGAGGUCCAGGGUCGAUUCCAGCAGCUACCAACCAAUUAUUACGGCGAAGUCCAGGCCACCCAGCUGACGGCGCUGGCUAUGCGCGGAAACACCACCACCACCAUCGAGGUCCGUCUGCGUCCACUGCACGCCAGGUGGCGCUACCGCCUGGAUGUCCUGGCCGACGGCCGCAGGGUAUACUUCGAUCGCGAGAGUCUCAAGUUCCAGCACUUUGACGGCGUAACCGUCUACACUCCCACUUAUCUGCUCAACCAGUCCCAGGUGGUGGUGCAGUUCGAUGCCGGUAUUGGUGUGGAGGUGGUGGAGAACGAAGGAUUCAUGACAGGACGCGUCUUCCUGCCCUGGAAUUUCAUUAACAAAACGGCAGGACUCUUUGGCAACUGGAGCUUCAACAAACUGGAUGACUUUGUCCUACCCAAUGGCCAGGUUGCCACGAUCAAUACCAACGAUCUGCGCAGCAUCCACACCAACUUUGGCCUCAAAUGGAUGCUCACGGAUCGAGAUGUGCCCGGAGUGGGAGCGGCUCUCUUCACCCGCGAAUUUGGACGGAUGUCUAGUUACUACGCAAACGCAACCUUCCAACCGAAUUAUGUGCUCGAUCCUGCGGACUUCCUGCCCGGAAAUCGAAGCUACGAUGUGGAACGAGCCAAGGAGUUGUGCGGCGAAUGUUUGCAGUGCCAGUACGAUUAUGCAAUGACGUUGAAUCGGGACUUGGCACACUUUACCAAGAAUUACUACGACACUAUAGUCAAUAUGCAGGCGGAUAAUGCCAUGCGUGUGGUUUCCUGUGGUGUCCUGCAAACGCCCCGAUUUGGUCGCAAACUGAGCUUUGAUUUUAUGCCUGGUGCCAAGGUGUCCUUUGAGUGUAACGAGGGCUUCAUUUUGCUGGGUGACCAGAGGAGAGAGUGUCUUUCGAAUGGUCUUUGGAAUAUACCCGAAUUUGGUUAUACGGAGUGCCUGCGUGAGGUGUACUACACGCGUCGCAUCGCUUUCAUUGCAAUUGGCAUUAUCUUCCUGGUGAUCUGCCCCUUGAUGCUGUGCAUCGUCUGCGGCGUCUACCGCUACCGCCAGAAGCAACUGAAGGAGGACCCCCAUUGGCAGAUGCCUGUUCUGCCCCGAUCCCGGGCCAGCUCCGCCCGCAAUUUGAGGACCCUGAACUAUGACGACGAUAGCGAUACGGAUGCCAGCACUUUGAAGAAAAGUAGGUCCUACGACAAAGUAUAUCGCACGAACGAACCAUUACCUGGCAAACCGCAAAUUGAUUUUCCAGCUAAGAAAUGGGAUCUGGAUGAGAACGACGAGGAUGUGACCUCAUCCGAAGGUAGUCAGAAUAGAACAAGCUCAAAGCUAGCCAGGGACAUUUCCUACAUUAAUCCGAACGUAACCCACGUCACAGGUGAGAAGCCGAAGCAGUCGGGUCGCCGCUCCCUCCGCGCCUCUGGAACGGACCUGGAUCAGCACCAGCACCAGGAUCCUGAAGAUCACGAGGACGACGAUGACUUCGACGAGGCAGACGUGCACACUGGCACCAUUCAUCCUGCCGGAUACCACCAGCCCCUGUCACCUGAAGAGGCCGAUCAGCUGCACCGCCAGCAGUACAGCCCCACCUUCAGUGGCUUGGACAGCCGCACGAGCGGAGCCAGCUCCAUAAACUACACUCCCCAGGCGGCGACUCAGAACCGCUUUGGUGGAGUUCCGGUGCUCCCCAGUAAUACCCAAUACUACAGCCGUCCGCCUUCCGGAGUGCCCACCGCCACGGCCACGCCCCUCCGGACAGCGCCCACGCCGCUGACGCAGGACAGUGGCCUGCCGUCGCCCCCGCUGGCCACUUCGCCCACCCCCUCCGUCCAGAAGUCCACGGAGGUGUAAUCCAACCACCACUCAUCAAACCAUUCCAAAUACAACACCAAAAACCACCCAUUAGCUGCAAAGUUCAAAUACUAAGUGCCAGGAAAUAAUGAUUAUAUUUAAGUUCAGUUCAUUGCACAAUAACUUUGACCCCUGACCUCUGCCGCCUGUCCAUUACCUUUGUUUUAUUGUUUUUUUUUCCCAUGACCAUUAAAUAUACUUGCACUUUUUGUAAAUAAUAGAUACAGCCUCGAGUCAAGCCCAAAAUGUAGUAUCAAGUUCCAAAGCAUUCUGCAUGUAUCCUCCCAUCCUGGUAAAGGACAAUCAUCAUUUAUGUAUUGAAUAAAACCAAACACUUGUUUUUAGUAAUUUA